CAGGUCCAGGAGGUGGUGGAUUUCGAGAAGUUGGAUGAUUAUGCUGCAGCCUUCCAGGGACAUGACGUGGGGUUCUGUUGCCUGGGGACUACAAAAGCCAAAUCCGGAGAGGCUGGCUUUAUCCGGGUGGAUCACGACUACGUGGUGAAGUCUGCACAGCUGGCGAAGUCGGGGGGCUGCAACACACUUCAAUCUGGAAUCUUCCAAGGGAGCCAACAAACAGAGCAGCUUCCUCUACAUCCGAGUGAAGGGAGAAGUCGAAGCUGAAAUAGAAGAAAUGGGAUUUGAUCGAUACACCAUCUUCAGGCCAGCCGUCCUCCUUUGUGACCGACAAGAGUCUCGCCCAGCCGAGUGGUUCAUCAGGAAGAUGAUGGCCCCCAUAUCCUACAUGUUCCCUACGGCCUACUCCGUGCCCAUCACCACCCUGGUGAAAGCCAUGCUGAAUAACGCCGCCAUCCCGAGCGAUAAGAAGGUGGAGCUGCUGGAAAACAAAGCCAUUCACAACCUGGGGAAACUGGGGCGAGGGCAAGGGCUA